AUGAUUAACGAAAACAGCCUUGACUUCAACAUCGUCUGCAAGCGUCUCGGCGCUGAGCGCAUAAGCCACUACCUCAACGAGGCUGCUUCCGAGCUUCGCGAUCUCCUCAUGCCUGACCUCGCUGCCCAGUCUGAGAAGCCCAAGCUGUAG